UGGACGGUCGGCCAUCUUUCUCGGCCCGUUAUCGUCCACGCGCUGCGCUCGUCAGGAAAUUCUCCAUUCCUCCUCCUCCUCCUCCUCCUUGUUGUUUUUUUUCCUGAAGUAAAGCGGCAGGCAUGGCCAAACCAAGAGUCUUUUUCGACAUCACCGCCGACGGCAAGCCUUUGGGCCGCGUGGUGAUGGAGCUGCGCGACGACGUGGUCCCCAAGACGGCGGAGAACUUCCGCGCCCUGUGCACCGGCGAGAAGGGUUUCGGCUACAAGGGCAGCACCUUCCACCGCGUCAUCCCGCAGUUCAUGUGCCAGGGCGGGGACUUCACCAACCACAACGGAACCGGAGGCAAGUCCAUCUACGGGAACAAAUUUGCCGACGAGAACUUCAGCCUGAAGCACACGGGGGCCGGCAUCCUGUCCAUGGCCAACGCCGGGCCCAACACCAACGGCUCGCAGUUCUUCAUCUGCACCGCCAAGACCACCUGGCUGGACGGCAAGCACGUGGUCUUCGGCAGCGUGGUGGAAGGUUACGACGUGGUCUCCGCCAUGGAGGGCAAAGGCUCCGGUACCGGGAAGACUUCCGCCAAGCUGGUCAUCGCCGACUGCGGCCAGCUCUGAGCGAGCAGAGCCGACCCGACCCGUCCGCGCCUCCUCCGAUCCAGCCUUCCGCAUUCCAGCUGAUUAAUGGAACAACUCAUUUCCUCAUGAUUUUUUUUUAUUAUUAUUAUUUGUCAAACUUUUUAGUUUUGUAACUAUCCCAAAUUUGUUGCUGCAUUUGUGACUUUGCCUCCGAAAGUUUGGUUUGCAUCGAACGCUGCGUUCCAAAACGGUUUCCUUUCAUCCACGACGAAAUAAAAAAAAAAAAAUGGCCUUGGUGACGAAA